AUGGAACAAAUCAAUUUAUCAUUUCUCAACAACUCAUCUGAGUAUCCUAAUCAGUCGAAAACGACACCGUCAAACUGCCCGAGCAUGAUUCCAGUCUACUGUGCUUACCAGGUUUUCACAAUUUCGUUACUGGUUGUGACCGUUCUUGUUGGAUGUAAGUCUAAGGCGAAGCCAAAAGGAAAGCCAGCUGUUAAACCAGCGAGCGCCAGCAAAAAGUCAAAAAUGUCGGAGCCGAAUCCAGUCGCGUCGACUUCUUCCGUGAAGCAAGCUGAAAAGGAAGCAGAGCCAGCAAAGGAGAAGGAGAAGACGAAGCAAAGUGAAGUGAAGGAACCAGAUGCACCGAAGAAAGAGAACGAUCGGGAAGCUGAAAAUAAGAAUAAGGAGAAGGAAAAGGAGAAGCAGGAGGACACCUUCGAUGCGAUUCAACCAAAGAAGCAGGAUGCUGAUAGAAAGAAGGAGCUUGGUGACAAGAAGAAGGCCGAGAACAAGGGAGACUACAAAACUUGGAACAAAAUCAUCGAAAACAGUGAAUUCAAUAAGAGUUUGAGUGAAAACGACAAGAAAGACAAAAAGAAGAAGAAGGAGGAAGGAACGGAUGAGAAGAAAGACGAAAAAAAGGAAGAUUCAGAUGAUAAAAAGGAUGAAAAGAAGGAUGAGGAUGAUAAAAAGAAGACGGAUGAGGAAGAGAAGAAAUAA